AUGUACAAAGUCAAAUUUCAUUUAAGCCACGUUUGAAAAGUACAGCAUCUUAUCUUGACUGAGAUAAAAUGGCACUAUGUGCCUGGAAAAUACAUAAAACAGAUUUACAGAUAAACUAACAAUGAAAUGAAUUCAGUCAGGCUUGGCUAAGAGUGAUUCUAAUGGAUUCCAUAAUCUGAAUUACUCAUUGUUUAUGGUAUUAAAAUCUGAUAUUUGAACUUCUGAAAACGGAAACAGGAAAAAAAAAAAAAAAAACCACGACAGGUGAUCCAUGACUAUUAUUUUUCUGAUGAGGAAUUACACAUCAAACAAUUUUUUUAAAAAAAGAGAAAGAGAGAGAGGGGAAUAAGUGCAAAGGCGCAAUAAAGGGGGCAGGGCAGCGUGGCAUUUAGAAGGGGGAAGUGGAGCGGCGUUAAAGGGGACGGGGGCAGCGUCUACGUCGUGAGUGUUUGGCUUUCAUGGAGCGCGUCGGCAACAUGAACCGCCUGCUGCUGGGAGCCCUGCUGCUGCGUGUCACAGCUCAAGAGAUGCUGGCUCCACCUGGACAGGCGAGGUUCGAGUCCACAGACUUCAAGAACAUCCUGCAGUGGGCCGCGCCCACAAACAGCUCCUGCCUGCAGUACCACGUCCAGUAUAAGAUAUACGGCGAGCUGGACUGGCUGAACGUCAGCAACUGUCAGGGCAUCCAGAGGCACCACUGUGACCUCAGCGCCGCCACCUCCGACGUCAGAGAGUGGUACUACGCCCGGGUGCGAGUGUCGUGUGCGGCCACCGGCAGCAAAUCGGCCUGGGCCAUGUCCCGCAGAUUCAGCCCCCGCUGGGACACCAAAGUCAGCCCCCCCUCAGUGAGGCUGAACUCGUCCAAACAGGGCCUUGUGGUCCAAGUGAAAGCCUCCAGAGUGUUGAUGCGCAAGGUGCACAACGGCGUGGACAACAACAUCUACGUCGUCCACCCCGGCGGAAAGGAGGAGGUUUACGAGGUGGCGAGCGGCUCCAAGCUGACUCUGACCGAACUGAAGCCCAGGACACACUACUGCGUCCAAGCACAGACCGUCAUCCCCCGGCACAUGAGGAGCAGCGAUCGCAGCACCGCCAAGUGCAUCACCACAGACUGAUCACGCGCAGACGCCGGUUGACUCGAGUCGUCUCGUCAUUUCAGUCCUCACCCCUACCUCCACGGCGGCAGUCACAGGUGUCUGAACUCGGAAAACUGGUGCGAUUAAUCGAAUCUCUCGAGGAGCGUAUUUUAUUUAAAGUCUGUUGCUAAACUUGAAACUUUCUAAAUUGACAUUUUGGAGCAUUUUCUGCUGAGGAUCACUGUGAAAUUCAUUUCUUCGUGACAUUGUUUUUGUGACUAAGUUUAUAUAUUUUUUGGAAGCUGAAGCAAAACAUGAAGUUUAUUUUAUCUACUGAAAUAUUUAUGCACAAGUUGAACAUAUUUUGAGGAAGCAACCUUUAACAUUUUGUUUUUGUCUCAAACAAAUGAACGUUCCUGGAUGUUUUGGACACAUUUAAAAAAAAAAAAAAAAAAAGACUACCAGAGCUUCUGUUUGAGAUUAAAAACUGGUGAUGUUUUAUACCUCAUGUUUGUCCUGCAUGCAUCAACUCUAAUAAAAGGAUUCAUUUCCUCUUUUAAAAGUCCAUUUGUUUGUGUGUUCAGUUGUUGUGCUGCUGAAAGGUCAAAAUCGUCUUGCAGAAGAGUUUUUUUAUUAUGGAACGCUCUCGUGUUUUGUCAAAUUUAAAACCACAAACUUGGUUGUAUUUUAAUACGACAAAUAAAAUAAAGAGGGUGACAAUAGGCUUGAUGUAGACUUUAUUUAAAACGUUGACAAACAUGAUAACUCUUGAUCGAUCCGGCAUGACAUAACCAAUACUGUCAGGAUAAACACACACCGGAACAGAUCUGAACCCAGUCAGUGUGAUCGGUUGUCUUUAAAAAGAAAGAAAGAAGUUCUACGCGGUUUGAUCUCUUCACAGGCCUCUACGCUUCAGCUCCUUCGUAUAGCAGCAGGUUGAAUUAGUGGUUUUUGGGUCUGAACGCAGAAAAAUAUCAUUUCAAAUCUGGUCCCCAUCGCUGCCGUGGAAAAAGCGCCUCAGGAAUGUAGGAGAAAACAUUCGCGACUUAGCGGCGCGUUAUUUACAGACGGUUCUGAAAACCUGAAGAAAACCGGCUUGUGGACAGCACCUUUAACAGUUUAAGAGUCGGAUACUUCACGUUCUACAAAAAAAAAAAAAAAAAAAAAA